GAAGAAGAAGCAGAAGCUGGAGGGAGACACCCUGGCCUGAAGCGCACUGCGGCCUGUCUCAUCGCAUCGUUAUACACUGAAUUAUGACAUGUAGAAGACUUUGUGACUUUGCAUGUACUGAAAACUCCCCCUCCUCUCUCAGUUGCUUUUUUCCAGUUCCUAAAUCCACAUGGUGGAGGCUGGAACAGAAAGCUGGGAUAAUUUGGACUGGAGGACCACUGGAAGAAUGGAGUUGAACGUUAAGCUGAUGGCCACAGACAGGAUCCUGGCAUACAUCCCUGGGAUUUUGUGACACGCAGAUUGCAGAGGUGCUUUUACAAAGAGGAGCAUCAGAGGAGAAGGCAUGCACCUCAUGAGGAUGGUGUCUGAGCCAAAGUAUUCAGUGACUGCAAUGUAAAGGCCAUUUUUGCCUGUAUGGAUUGAGACUUUGGUGUACAUUGAGGUUCAAAGUGAUGCCAUCAGCAGACAGACAAAAUUAUUUAGUAAUGGAAAAACAGACAACUGUGACGAGUUUUGCUUCGGCACAGUUGAUUGGAGAAUCAAGUACAUUCAUCUGUACAGAGUGUGGGGAUGGAUUCAGCCAGUACUCCAGUGUGUUGAGCCACAUGGCAGUUCAUGGACCUUUGGAUUCAUUUUCCUUUGAUGGGUCUUCCUAUGGAUUUGAAAUUCCUCGAGAAUACGUGCUUCAAGAAAAUGGCACACUGACAGUUUUGAAUGGUUUGUCACAGUCACAUUCCUCAAACUCGAGUACUUCCGUGAAACCAAUAUCUUCUGGAGUAUUGCCAUCACAUUUGCCAGUAUCCCCAAAUUUUAAGCCACAGCCCCCUUCAUACAAAGACCCAUUAAGGCCGAGGCCAUCAGACCUGGACAAAUCUCAGCAAGGCCAUCAUCGUUGUGAAAUAUGUAACAGGUCAUUUAACGGCCUACAGAAUUUACACCGCCACCAGCAGUAUCGAAACACAGAGAGGGGAUAUAAGUGCACUUUGUGCUGCAGGAUUGUUGAAGAUCGACACGGCCUCAAGAAACAUCUACAGAACCACUUAUCUGAACAAAUUAACUACUGUGGUCAUUGCGGUAAGAGAUUCCUUACAAUGGAUGCCCUGAAUGCUCAUCAAAAAGAAAAUCACUCUUUGCCCAAACCUUUGGGUAAACCAGAGAAUAAGGAAGACAAAAAGUCAGAAAAAGCAUAUGCCUGCAAAAAGUGCAAGCUGAAUUUCUUUUGGGUAUCAGACCUUCAGAUACAUUCUCUCUAUUAUUGCAAGGGACAAGAGCCUGAUGUUGGAUUUUUAUCUGAAAUAGAAGGGAAUUCUAAUGAUUCUGAAGACAUGCAACUUGUAAACUGUCACAGCAAUGGCACGGUGGAUGAUAUUAAAAAUGGAGAUAGUCAAAUCUCAAGGGAAGCCAGCAGCGAGACGGAGUUUAAACCCACUUUCACACCAUACAGAUGUGGUUUAUGUGGUGAUACUUUUGAGAAAUUAUCCUCUCUUAAGGAGCAUCAUGUCACACAUCAAACGCAGGAAGAAAUAGAUAAGCUGAAUCAGGAAUCCCAAAAGACUUUCAAGCGAAGGAUUCCACCUAAAGGCAAACGAAGAAGAAGUAAUCCAAAUGGGAAACUACAUCCUUGUAAGCACUGUCAUCGAGUCUUUAAUCAUUCUAGCAGUUUAUCUCGCCACAUGAGAUAUCAUAAAGGUACCAUGCACACUUGUGCAAUUUGUGGCAGACAAUUUCCUCAGCGCUGUGACUUGAGAAGACAUUUAGUCAUGUACCACAAAACUGAAUUGGAAAAGAAACCUGGUUUGAAACUCUUGUAUUUACGUCCAAAAAAUGGCAAUGCCCCUAAAUUUGAUGAUGCUGAGAACAUAAAUAGUCCUGGCGAGACCACCAUUGCCCCCUCUGAAAAUGAACUAGUAUCUACAGACCAAAAUCCUACAGAGAAGCAAACCAGAAAAGCAGGCCGCAUUAACUAUAAAUGUCAAGAGUGUGGGAAGAAAUUUGGGCUUUUAUGUGUGUACCAACGACACUUGCGUUAUCACAAGAAAGAGACUAAUAAAUGUCCUCAGUGUCCUGCUCAGUUUAAGAAUCCAUCGUCCCUUGAGCUCCAUCUUCAAAAUCACCCAAACAAUGAACAUGCAGUUGAUGGCACUGGGCAAACAUUUCAUGACAUUGAAACUAAUGAAGACAAAGCCCAUGAAAAAGAUAAAGCAGAUGACAGAGAAGACUAUCCUGGUGAAAAACAAAAAAACAAAGAAAAUUCUUCAGAAGCCCUUUAUGAAUGUACUGAGUGCACCAAGGCCUUCUCGUGCUUAGACACAUUUCUUCAGCAUCAGACAUCUCAUGGCUCAGAAACGCUAACAAAUGAAAACUAAGGAAAAUGGUAUAGAGGGGAGUUAUAUGAAUUAUGUUGUGGGUAGGUUUUUUAUCAAAUGAUUUUUUUGUGGAAAAUUACAGUGUAUGCCUGUUGUGGAUGACAGAAAUCCUUUAUUCCAGUAUUUACUAUCGGCUUCCAUUGCUUUUAAAUUGGUAAUUUCAUCAACUGACAAGCAAUAGUAAAUACAUUUGCUCUUUAUUGUGUUUUAGUAGCUAGUCUUAUUUUUGUAUAGUUUAUUGUUACAUUUGUUUAUUAAAAAAAUUAUUGUCAUUUGAAUACUUUUUAAAUUUGUGGUGUGGUGAUCAUGUUUAAAACAUAGCAUUGUCACUUAGAAGAUUGUGUGAUUAAAGACUUGAGGAAAUUUCUUUAAA